UUAGCUGUGUGAACUUGGGCCAAUCCUUCAUCUUUGAAGUAUCAAUUUUUUUAAAUCUAUAAAAUGGGAUACUAACACCUAUCUUAUACAGUUGGAGUAAAGAUUAAGUUAUGAUAUUGUAUAUGUAGUGCAGUAUUUUACCUAUAAUAGGUGCUUGUGGGAGAGGAAAAAUAAUUCACCUACUAACCUUCUGAGUUCUUAGCUGAGACUCUUGUAAUAAAAGACAGAUUAACAAGAGAGAAAGAGAAGUUUAUUAACAUAUGUACAUAGUCAUCUAUACAUGGGAGACACCCAGGGAAAGAUGAGUAACUCAAAGAGGUAGCUUUAGAGUUCAGGCUUAAAUAGCAUUUCUAUAGGGAAAGGGGAAAUGGGAAAAGUCCUCUUAGGGGAGAGUAAGUAGUUUUCAUGGAAGUUGAAUGGGUCCUUAGAGAAUAGAUGGGAGGUAUGACAGUUUGGGACAAAGUUUGCUGACUUCUACUCUCCUCUUUUAUAAGAAUCAAUCUUUCCUGGUGAAUGAAACUCCUAGGGAGGGGAUUUAUGACAGUGGAGUUGCUUCUGGAAGAUCCACCUUUAGGUGUAUGAGAGUUCAGAGAAUGUCUCUGCCUGCAUUUGCUGUUUUUCAAGUGCUUGCAGCUCAAAAUAAUCACUAUACCAAAGUGGCAUAUUUGGGGUGGCAUAUUCUGCUACCCUUCGUGCGCAACACAAGUUGUUUUGUUUUCCCUUUGUCUCCUUCUGGGGAAAUGUGAGAGCUCCACUGGGCCAAUUCAUAGACCAGUGAGGAAGAAUGAAGACACUGUUUCCAUAGGUGGAGCAGUGGAGAAUUGUUACUGGCUUUGAAUCGAAUGUCAAAGCAAAUUCAGUUGCCUGCUUUCAGAGGCUUAGUCUCUAAUGCACUCAUUCCCACAGAGACUUCUGCUAUGCAGCAUUGAUUUCCAAGCAUCAGACUCUGACAAUGAAAUGCUCUCAAACGCUUUUUUAUUUUGGGUUGCAAAAAUACAUGCUAAUAGCCUGGAAAAUACAUGCUAAUAGUCUGGGGUACUUUUUCUUCUAUAGAUAUUCUAGAUUUAGAGAAUGGUCCAACCAAAUUAGCAUUAGCCAUGAAAAUAAAAUCUUCCACAGCAUUCCUUAAGCUGUAUUCAAAGCAGAGAAAAAUUAUAAAUACUUUAUUAUUUGGGGAAAGCAUUUUAAGAUUGUCACAGAUUUUACAUGAUUCUUUCAUGUAAUUUGUCUUACAUUUGACUCUUAUUUUAUGCUAUUUGUAAAUAUGAGAAAUUUAUUAGGAAAGUGUUUAAAAUACAAAAUGUUUAAAACUUAUUGAAGAAGCUUUCAUUUUUUAACUUGUAGCUGCUGCAUGAUUUUUACAGAAAUGAAGUAAACACCAGAUUCAGAAGAAGAUGUUGUUGAAACUCCUGCUGUGUCCCAUGAUGAACACACACACCAAGAGAUAAAGGGCCAGAAAACACUGGCCACCCCUGCAGUUCGCCGCCUAGCAAUGGAAAACAAUAUUAAGCUGAGUGAAGUUGUUGGCUCAGGAAAAGAUGGCAGAAUACUUAAAGAAGAUAUUCUCAACUAUUUGGAAAAGCAGACUGGAGCUAUAUUACCUCCUUCACCAAAAGCUGAAAUCGUGCCACCUCCACCCAAACCAAAAGACAGAACUAUUCCCGUACCAAUAUCAAAGCCUCCAGUAUUCACAGGCAAAGACAAAACAGAACCCAUAAAAGGCUUUCAUAAAGCAAUGGUCAAGACCAUGUCUAUAGCCCUGAAGAUACCUCACUUUGGGUAUUGUGAUGAGGUUGACCUUACUGAACUGGUUAAGUUACGAGAAGAAUUAAAACCCAUUGCUUUUGCCCGUGGAAUUAAACUCUCCUUUUUGCCCUUUUUCUUAAAGGCUGCUUCCUUGGGACUACUACAGUUUCCUAUCCUUAAUGCUUCUGUGGAUGAAAACUGCCAGAACAUAACAUAUAAGGCUUCUCACAACAUUGGGAUAGCAAUGGAUACUGAGCAGGGGUUGAUUGUCCCUAAUGUGAAAAACGUUCAGAUCUGUUCUAUAUUUGAGAUCGCCACUGAGUUGAACCGCCUUCAGAAAUUGGGCUCUGCAGGUCAGCUCAGUACCACUGACCUUACAGGAGGAACAUUUACCCUUUCCAACAUCGGAUCAAUUGGUGGGACCUAUGCCAAACCAGUGAUACUGCCACCCGAAGUAGCAAUUGGGGCUCUCGGAUCCAUCAAGGUCCUUCCCCGAUUUAACGAGAAAGGAGAAGUGUUUAAGGCACAGAUAAUGAACGUGAGCUGGUCAGCUGAUCACAGAAUUAUCGAUGGUGCUACAAUGUCACGCUUCUCUAAUUUGUGGAAAUCCUACUUAGAGAACCCAGCUUUUAUGCUCCUAGAUCUGAAAUGAAGAGUAUAAGGCAUCAUUGAACUUUUUCAGCAUCCAAAGAACAUGUAGAGCCUUGCUGCACAGCACACGUUCUUCGUCACAAUUUGUAUUAUAAAUGAUUUGUAUUGUGUGAUUCAGGUUCCCAGGCACAAUAUUUAUCUAUUUCUGUUAGACAUUUUACAGAAAAUGAAUAACGGUGUAAUAGUUCUCCCGGGGCUGUCACAUUUUGUAGGUCAUAGUGUGACUUCUUACUAUGGUGCUGAGGUCUUUGUGUCCAUGGACUGAAACUAGGAAGAACAACGAAAUUAACGUUACUAAAAGACAGAUUGCAAUAUCUGGUAUUUACCCUAUUUUUUUUUCUUUUCCUCUUUUAAUUUUAGAUUGCCCCUUAAUGAAACUUUUCAAUUACACUUAGUUGGGAAAUGGAAUUUACACACAAAAGUAUCUUUCAUUUCCCCACAAUAAUGCUAACUGUUGUAUAAAAAAGUGCAAUUAUACUUAAACUUUUAAGAUAUCCACGGUUAUGUUGCUUUGUAGAGAUUAUCUGUAAAUGUCUUGUUUAUAUAAACUAGUAUCUUUUAAAAGAGAAAAUUAUAAGCUAAUCUUAAAAAUGCCCAAUUAUAGGGGUGCUUGGCUGGCUCAGUCGGAAAAGCAUGUGACUCCUGAUCUUGAGGUCAUGAGUUCAAGCCCCACCUUGGGCAUAGAGCUUAUUUCAAAACAAAACAAAAAAAAAAAUCCCAGUUAUAGUUUUAUAACCAGUAAGGCUAUCAAAAGUGUUUGCUUAAAAUGAAUAUUCUUUUAGAAUUGGUAACUUUUUGGUGUGUUGUUAGGAAAAAAACCACCUCUGCAAACUUGCCUCAUGUAAGAGAAGUGCUUUAAAUGUAGCAGCCGCUGACAUUGUCUUACAUUUAGAAGUCCAUUGCCUUUUAACUAUUUUUUAUCUUUCUUGUCUUCAGCUAAAACAUAGAAUAGAAUAAGAAAUUAAGAUGUAUUCCAUUCUCCAUAUCCUAAGAUGGAAUGUGCAUAACAAGAGAGAGAAGAGUCUAAUGAGUAAUUAUGGACAUUAAAAUAAUGAAUCUCAUACAGAAAUGAAAGUAUCAUAAUGAUCAUUUUGUAGGAGGCCCACUUUAAUCAGAAAUACCAUCAAGGUGAAUAUAAUCCAGUUUGCAUUCAGAAAUCCAGUUUGCUUCUAAUGUUUUCUAAUUGAUUACUAUAUGUUCAAGUGAAAUUUUGUGAGAAAAAAAGUUGUUUUAAAUCUGCUUGAUUUUUUUUCAAAAUGAAAAUGACCUGUAGAUUAGAAAAUAAUGGAUCAAAUGAAUGUUAUUAUUUUUUAAAUUUAGGUAGUACAAAGAGUCGAAAAUAAAAUAAUCCAUGAUCAUACCACUAUUAACAUUUUGAUCAAGGUAUCUGUAUACAUAGCUAUUCUUUUUAUAAAAAUGAGAUCAUGCUUUAUCUACUAUUUUAUAAUUUGAUUUUUUAAUUUAACAUUAUAUCACAAGUAACUUGACAUGUCAAUAAACAAUUCUACAUUAUCAUA